AUGGGCAAUAUGGACGUAUCACCGCCUGCUUCACUAUCUGAUCAAGACACGCGGAGCACUCUGCAUGAGCAGUCGCCACAUUCCGCUCAGAUAUCUCCAUCCGCUUCCACCAACAAAGUCAACGAUGACGUCGAGAAACAAGAACCUCAACCAGAAGAAUCUAGCUCACAAGUAGAUCCUGACCUUAUCACUUGGUCUGGCCCUGACGACCUAAGCAAUCCCCAGAACUGGUCUUUCAAAUAUAAACUAUGGGUCACAGUGGCUUGGGUCUCUUCGUGUUUUGUAACGACAGUCGCGAGUAGCCUCUUUAGCAGCGGUGCUGAAGUUAUCGGUGUUGAGUACCAUGUUGGCACUACAGUAGUGACACUUGGUGUCAGUCUGUUCCUGAUUGGAUACACAGUCGGUCCGCCUCUCUAUGGGCCACUAUCCGAGCACUAUGGACGUAAAAUACCUUUACUCCUUGGCAUAGCACUCUUCACAGUUUUUAGCAUCCCAGUAGCCGUAGCCAAGAAUAUAGCUACCAUACUCGUUGGUCGAUUCUUUCAGGGAGCCUUCGGCGCAGUCCCACUCGCCUUAAUUGGGGGAGGUUUGGUGGAUAUCUGGAAUCCUCAUCAACGAGCAAUCGCAGUGACCGGUGCCAUCGGCACGUUGUUUUGGUCACCUAGUCUGGCGCCUGUCAUGGGUAAUUUCAUGACAGAGACUAUCGAGUGGAGAUGGAACCAAUGGCUGAGUUGUAUCAUGGGUGGUGUAUGCACGUUCGCAAUACUCUUCUUUUUCCCAGAGACAUACACCCCGUUGCUUCUACGUCAGAAGGCUGCAAAGGCACGCAAGGAAGGAAACCCGAAGGCGAGAUCUCAGUACGACGGCCAGGUCUCGUCGUUCAAAGAUGUCAUGAGAAUGUACCUUGUCAGAGGAUUUGUUCUCCUCGGUACCCAACCAAUACUACAAGCCAUCACGCUUUACCAGGGUUUCGUCUACGGAUUGACGUAUCUGUUCUUCGUAUCGUACCCCAUCGCAUUCGAAGAGGUCAGACAUUGGGAGUUGGGAGUCAGCUCUCUACCGUUCUUGGGCAUUGUAAUUGGUGUUCUUCUGGGUUGUGCUAUUGUCGUCUUCUCUAUUCAGCGUUCAGCCAAACACCGUCGAUUUGAUGCAGAUAGAAAACCAAUCAUAGUCCCGGAAGAUAGACUUCCUAUCGCCAUUUUUGGUGCCUGUUUGAUUCCGAUUGGGUUGUUCAUCUUUGCCUGGACAUCAAACCCCAACAUUCAUUGGUCCGGAAUGGUGAUUGGCAGCAUCCCCGUCGGUGCUGGCUUGUACAUUAUUUUCUUGCAAUGCUUCAACUACAUCAUCGAUUGCUACAUGACAAUGGCGAAUAGUGCCUUGGGGGCAAAUACGUUUGUAAGAAGUUUGUUUGGUGCAGGAUUCCCCUUGUUCGGACCGGUCAUGUACCACCGAUUAGGCGUUGCUUGGGCGACAAGCGUUCUGGGGUUCAUUAGUAUUGCGAUGAUUCCGAUUCCCGUCCUGUUUUGGAAAUAUGGAGCCCAGAUUAGGGCAUGGUCGGAAAAGUGA